AUGACAGAAAAGAUACAUCGCAUCUACAUAGGCAACAUUAGUGCCGAUCUGGCAAGCGAUAUUGGAAAUCUGGAAACAAGGUUGAAGCGCUAUGGAACUCUUGAGAAGCCAUUGGAGCUACACAAGAAGCCUUUGCUAGAUUCCUAUUUUGCAUACAUUAGCCUCAAACUUUCCGACCAAAACUUUGCUAAAUUGAAAGGAUCUUUAAAUGGUUUGAACUACAAGGGAUCACGGGUUGUAGUUGACAUGGCAAGGCCGGAUUUUUAUCAGAAGUGGCUUGAAGAUUCUAGAAGGCCAGAUUUGUAUAAAGACGACCGUCUGAAAAGAGCAAAAGUGGCCCAAGUCAGACUGGAAAGAAUCAGGCAGAAGAAUGUUGUCACUCACCUAUUAAAAGGACGAAUGAGAACAUGUGAGCGUAAAGAUAAGCGUAGAUUAACUUUCAGGGUAAAAAUAAAUGGCAAGCUAAAAACUGUACAAUGCCGCAAACAGAAGCUCUGGGGAUAUGACAAGAAGCGUGAAGCCAGAGAUCUCGUUUAUACAUUUUCGGGAACCGAAUGGAGGGAUGGUUUCGACCAUGUUGUGGAUAGACUAUCAAGAAAAAGGAAGCAUUCUGAGACCAACUUGGAGGACCAAGACGUGGAAAUUGAAACCAUUGAAGAAGAAAAGAAUAUGAGCAUUCUAGACUCAUUCCUUCGAGGCUAUGAUUUUGAAAAGCCUGUGAAUCGAGAAGACGAUCGCAAUUCAAACGAUACAACAACAUUUGAUUUUGAGACUGGGCAAGUUGAUGCUGAGGCUCCAUUACUUAAGAUUGGAAAGCAUAACUCUGUUGUUAAUGUCGACACAAUGAAAGUACCCGAGGUUUCAGGGAAAGUAGUGAUAUUUGACGAGAAUGGCGAAGUGAAAGAACUGGAAGAUGUGAUUGAAAUUGACCAAACCAAGGGAUCAGUUGGCGCAUCCAACCAUACAGCAUAUGAACACAACUCAAAAUACAGCUCUUCGAAUGACGAGAAUUCUGAUUGUUCUGAUGGGGUUAACAGGGUUAACAAUUCCAAGACAUCCAAACGUGAGGGCGGUUCUAAAGGUUCAAGCAGAUCUAGUGACAGCUCAGACAAUAGCUCCAAUGACAGCUCGGAUGAUAAUUCAGACGAUAGCCCCGACGAGAGCUCCGACCAAAGCUCCGAUGAUAGCUCUGAUGAUAGCUCUGAUGAUGAUUCUGAUGAUUCGGAUGAUGGGCAAUUGACAAAUUACGCUUCAAGUCGAAAUGCUGGAACAAAAGGAUCAAGGCAAUUGAAAGAUUCAAAAGGCUCAGAAGAUCUAGACACUGAAUUUUUGCCUAACUUCACAAAGAGAACUCCCUCAUCAUCAAAGACAGAGGCCCUUCGUGAAUUGCUAAACCCUGCGAACUCAUCUUUCAAGCUCUUUGGCGUAGAUGACUCCAAUGAUGACAUUGACGUGAACAAAGAAAUUGAGCCGUCAGUUGAGGAACGAAUAGCGAUUGAACAGCAGUUCAAGGAUAAAGUUGAACAGUCAUCCAAGAAAACUAGAAACUUAGGGCUUUUUUUUACUCAUGAUGACUCGCCAUUCUUGGCUGCCCAGUCGCAAGUGAAUAAGCAUCAAGGAUUUAACGCUGCCAGCAAAGACAAAUUUCUAGACUGGUUCCAAGCUAAGAGAGGAGAUUUGAACAGAGCAUUCCGUGCUCGUAAAAGAGAGGCUAAGAGGGCUCUUAACAAAUACAAAGCUGACGACGCUCUAUUAUAG